UUCCUGGUAGUCAUUUUGGGUUUAGGGGCUGCAGGGAAAUUCUGGAAUCUUUGACUCCAUGGCACAGAAACUCGGAGGAAGCAGGCUCCUGCUUUGAAGAGCUGGAAAGGAAGGUCUUUCCAGAAUUAAAACCAUCACCGAGGAGACAUUACCUGGUCUCCUUAAAGCUGAAACAUCACCAUGGAUGAUUUUGAACGCCGCAGAGAACUCAGGAGGCAAAAGAGGGAGGAGAUGCGGCUGGAAGCAGAAAGAAUCGCCUAUCAGAGAAAUGACGAUGAUGAGGAAGAGGCUGCACGGGAACGGCGCCGCCGAGCCCGACAGGAGAGGCUGAGGCAGAAGCAAGAGGAAGAAUCCUUGGGACAGGUGACUGACCAGCUGGAGGUUCACGCCCAGAACAGUGUCCCUGAUGAGGAGGCCAAGCCAACCACCACGAACACUCAGGCAGAAGGUGAUGAGGAAGCUGCAUUACUGGAGCGUCUGGCUCGGAGAGAAGAGAGACGCCAAAAACGGCUUCAGGAAGCGCUAGAGCGGCAGAAGGAGUUUGACCCGACAGUAACAGAUGCCAGCCUGUCACCACCAAGCCGAAGAAUGCAGAACAACCUGGCGGAGAAUGAGACUGCAGAGAAGGAAGAAAAAAGGGAGAGUCAUCAAGAAAGAUAUGAGAUGGAAGAAACAGAGCUUGUCACCAAGUCCUACCAGAAGAAUGACUGGCAGGAUGCUGAAGACAAAAAGAAAGAAGAAAAAGAAAAGGAGGAAGAGGAAGAAGAGAAGCCAAAGCAAGGGAGCAUUGGAGGAAACCAGGUAGAGGCGAUGGUGGAAGAGAAAACAGCAGAGACUGAAGAGGAAACGGUGGUAAUGGUGUUGAAAAAUGGGCAGAUUAGUGCAGAUGCAUCUAAACUAGAGGAGGAGAGGGACCAAGGCUCAGGGGAGACCUCCCGUAAUGAAGAGAUAGAAGAGGAAGAAAGAGAAAGAGCUGAGGCAGAGAGGCUAAGGUUGGAAGCAGAAGAAAGGGAAAGAAUUAAAGCUGAACAAGAAAAAAAGAUAGCAGAGGAGAGAGCAAGAAUCGAAGCAGAAGAAAAAGCAGCGGCACAAGAAAGGGAAAGAAGGGAGGCAGAGGAGAGGGAGAGGAUCAAGGAGGAGGAGAGACGGGCUGAGGAGGAGAGAAGGGCUGAGGAGGAGAGAAGGGCUGAGGAGGAGAGACGGGCCGAAGAGCAGAGAAGGGCCGAGGAGCAGAGACAGGCCGAGGAGCAGAGACGGGCUGAGGAGGAGAGAAGGGCCGAGGAGGAAAGGCAGAGAGCCAAGGCAGAGAAGGAGGAAAAAGCUAGGAUAGAAGAACAAAAACGAAAAAAGCAGCUAGAAGGGAAAAAGAAUGAAAUGCAAGAGACAAAGAUGAAAGGGGAGAAGGUCCCAGAGAAAAGAGAAGGGAAAUGGGUAAAUGAAAAGCGAGUGCAAGAAGAUAAACCUCAGACAGCUGUCCCAAAGAAACAGGAAGAAGAAAGGGGACCUAAAGGGCAAGCUCAAAGACAAAAAUUCCAAGAAGACAAGCCUGCUUUCAAAACACAAGAGAUGAAAGAUGAGAUUAAAAAGGACAAGCAGCCCAAAGAAGAAGUUAAGAGCUUCUUGGAUCGCAAGAAGGGAUUUACAGAGGUGAAGUCACAGAACGGAGAACUCAUGACCCACAAACUUAAAGUCACUGAGAAUGCUUUCAGCCCCAGCCGCCCCGGAGGCAGCAGGGAGGCCGAGGGCGCCCCGCAGGUGGAGGCCGGCAGGCGGCUGGAGGAGCUGCGCCGCAGGCGCGGGGAGACCGAGAGCGAGGAGUUCGAGAAGCUCAAGCAGAAGCAGCAGGAGGCGGCUCUGGAGCUGGAGGAGCUGAAGAAGAAGAGGGAGGAGCGCAGGAAGGUGCUGGAGGAGGAGGAGCAGAAGAGGAAGCAGGAAGAGGCGGACCGCAGAGCCAGAGAGGAGGAGGAGAAGAGGAGGCUAAAGGAAGAGAUUGAGAGGCGAAGGGCAGAAGCUGCUGAGAAACGCCAGAAGAUGCCGGAAGAUGGUUUGUCAGAUGAAAAGAAGCCGUUCAAGUGUUUCACCCCUAAAGGUUCAUCUCUCAAGAUAGAAGAGCGAGCAGAAUUUUUGAAUAAAUCUGUGCAGAAAAGCAGUGGUGUCAAAUCAACUCAUCAAGCCGCAGUAGUCUCCAAGAUUGACAGCCGCCUGGAGCAAUACACUAGUGCAAUUGAGGGAACAAAAACUGCAAAGCCUGCCAAACCAGCAGCCUCGAAUCUCCCUGUUCCUGCUGAAGGCGUGCGCAAUAUCAAGAGCAUGUGGGAGAAGGGGAACGUGUUUUCAGCCCCCGCUGCCUCGGGCACACCAAAUAAGGAAACUGCUGGCCUGAAGGUGGGCGUUUCCAGCCGGAUCAAUGAGUGGCUAACCAAGACCCCAGAUGGGAACAAGUCCCCUGCUCCCAAACCUUCCGACUUGAGGCCAGGAGAUGUAUCUGGCAAGCGGAACCUCUGGGAAAAGCAGUCUGUGGAUAAGGUCACUUCCCCCGCUAAGCAGGUUUGAAGCCAUUCCAGAAAAACCCAAGUUCAAGCCGCUGGACCAGCUCAGUUGUAGAGGGCUAAUUGCUCUGUUUUAUAUUUAUGUUGAUUUACUAAAUUGGGUUCAUUUUCUUUUGUUGUUUUUCAAUAUCCCAGUAAACCCAUGUACAGGAUCACUAUAUUUAAUAGUCACCUCUAGAGAUGUUCAUGGUCAACUUGCACAGGAGCCUGUUUCCAAAGAAACCCAUGCUGUGAAAUAGACUUUCCUACUGCUCGUCAGCCCUUGUCUGAACAGUGACACCAACCACAGGGGACGUCAACAACGGGACAUUCAAGAUUAAGAUUGCCUGAGGAAUGUGUGCAGUAUCUAGAAAAAUGAACCAUAGUUUUUUUUUUUAAAUAAAUUCAUACAGAAGUGACAUUGUUUCUGCACUUUAGAAUAAAGCAUGGAAGAAAUUAUCUAAAGUAGGCAAUUGUAAUUGUUUCUGCAAUAACCCAUAUCAGAUUUGAUAUACAGCAAUAAUGAUUGUCUUUUUUAAAAAAGAAGAUAUACUAAGGUAUUGCUUUUUUCAUGCUGAUGCAUAUCUAAAUUGGAUUAUUAUUUUAGCUGACAGUGGUACUGAUUUUUUUUAGGUUGGUUGCUUUGUGGAUUUCUUUGAUAGUGAUAGUAGCCUGAACCACAUCUUAGAUUACCAAGUUAUGUAUGUAUGUGCAUACACAUAUACAAACACAUUAAUGGUAGAAUGCUUUUUCAUGUGCUAGACUAUUAUAUUUAGUAGUAUGUCCUUGUAACUAGCCAAUAUCACAGCUUUUUAAAAAUUAAAAGUCACAUUAUAUUAAUAUUUCAUAUUUGCCAGUAGAAACAUGGCAGAUAGGUAUCAAUAUGUUUUCAGUGCCCAAUGACCUGUAAUAAAAGGUAUUGCAACAAAGAAGGAUUAGAAAUGUCAAAAAUGAGUUGAAACUUUCUAUAACAUAGUAUUUAGUUUAUAACUAAAGGCAAUCUUGAAGUCCAGUAUGAAUUAUAUUAAAUCUACCAUCUGAAUCAAGCUCAAAGCCUGCUUAUUUGUAACAAUAAAGUUCAUAGUAAGUUGGCCUAUGUGAUAACUGAGGUCUCUUCCUUCGCUAAAAUGUAAAGACAAGAAUUUCAGUGAUGAUAUUACACAGACUAGAAUUCCACAUACAAGUCUAAGAAAAGACUGACUCUGGUUCAUGUGUAGAAGCAAACAAGUAAAUAAAAUCCAGUGUUGAGGAGGCAUGACAGUAUUUCCAUCUUUAUAUACUCUGAAACAUUUUUUUAAAAUUAAACUUUUCUACCUUUCUUAGUCAUUGGUACUUUUUAUAAUGUGUUGGAAUUUUUUUUAAAUGUGUUAAUUCUACUAGUUUUGCUUUUUCCCCAAGAGUUAUUAUUGACUUACUACUUUUGCACACACACCAUCCAGACAUCAGAUCAUAUUUUAACCUGCAAGUCUUUAUUAUUCACAAUUGGUGAAAGAGGGCUCCAGUGUGUUGGCAAAGUGUCCUAGGGUAGACAAUACACAGUGUCACAUAUGAACUCAACCUCGUUUAUCAAAAAUUGCCUUUGUCUCAAUUCCUGCCACACUGAAAGAGCCUCUCAAAUAACUCAUUUCUGAUCCACAUAUUUUCCCCAAAAAGCUAACCAGGGAAAAGCUGGCUUGAGGAGCAGCCAUUGUCUUCCAAAGUCUGUUUCCUCUUGAUCAGAAAAGGAUAGUGUGAUCCCCUAUCUUUUAGCAAACCUGGGCCAAAGAAAGAUAAACCACCAAGAUUGCACACACAUUCCCAGCCACCCAUGACAGAGUAGACAUCAGUCUAUGGUAAGAUAAACUAGGAUUUACAUGUAGAUGACUCCUAUCAUUGCAGUGAGGUGGAUCAAUUGCAUUGUUGAUGAUGAGAGAACAUUGCUUUGUUGAGCUUUUGAACCAGAACAUCUCCUCAUCAGUAUCACAUAUUCCUCUAGAAAGUCUGAAGUUGAGAAGAGAAUGUAUUGAUCCUGACUUUUAUUCCAGUAUUUGUAUGGAAUAAGUUUAGGAUAGGCUUCUGUUCAGUUUGGAUUUAAUCUUUUAAAAAGCAAGUUCCACUCAUUACAAUGCUCUGUUAUCUUUAAGAGAUCAAACUGUAAGUCGACUAGCAUGUUCUGUGAAUCUGCCAUUCCUAAAAAUGUUAUAAACACUUGAUAAUUUUCACUGAUCGCUGCAAUAAAUAUAUUGUGAAAAUGCUCCACAAUAAAUGGAAUUCCUCCAAA